CUGAGCAAAUACAUUUUCAAUGUGAUUAGAGUGUUGAUCGUAUAUGGUUGUAAAUUCAGUUAUUUUGAAAAAUGUGGUUCGAGAUCUUGGUGUCGUUGAUCAUAGGCGUGCUGACAUUCUGGUGUUAUAGAUAUUACUAUUAUUAUAGUUAUCUGAAGGUAAUACCUUCACCCCGAGCAUGGCCUAUCAUUGGCAGCGGUCUGGAAUUCAAAAACCCUGAAGAUUCAGUGGAAACCAUGCUGGUAUUGAUGAAUAAGUUCAAGACGGAUUCACUUAGAAUCCAUAUUGGUUUCCGAGCAAUUGUGAUGAGCAGGGAUUAUAAAUUCAUUGAAUUUUUACUUAGUAGUCAAACAAUUAUGAACAAAGGUCUGGGUUACAAGUUUUUCACACCCUGGUUGGGCCAAGGUUUGCUAGUGAGCACAGGAGAACAUUGGCGUACGCAUAGGAAAAUGAUCACCCCAACAUUCCACUUUCAAAUCCUGGAGCAGUUCAUUGACGUUUUCCACUCGAAUGGUACGAUUUUGAUCGACAAACUUCGAAAACAUUUAGGAGAAUCUAGCUUUGACGUGUUUCCUUACAUUACAUUAUGUGCCCUGGACAUUAUUUGCGAGACAGCAAUGGGUAUAUCAAUCAACGCGCAGUUAGAGGAACACUCCGAAUACGCGACGUGCGUCUCAAAUAUGGGUCGUAUCAUCCAAACACGUGGCUUCAAUCCAUUCUUGCACUAUGACAGUAUUUAUAAACACUCUAACCUCUAUAGAGAGGAACAGAAAUGUCUGCAGGUAUUGCAUGGUCGUACAGAUUCUGUGAUUCAAAUGCGUCGCGAGAAUAUACUCCUGGAAGGUAGUAAGAAAGAAAAACCAGCGGAAACUGAUGAACUAGGUCGAAAGAAGAAGGUACCUUUCUUGGAUAUGCUACUGCAAGCCUCCAUUGAUGGUAGGCCCUUGACCAAUACAGAAAUUCGUGAUGAAGUGUCCACGUUCAUGUUUGGGGGACAUGAUACCACUGCAGCUGGUAUCAGUUUUGCUCUUCACAGUCUAGCUAACAACCCAAGAGUCCAAGAUAAAGCCUACCAGGAACUAAAGGAGAUUUUUGGAGAUGAUAAAGAACGACCAUGCACAUACAACGACCUACAGUGUAUGAAAUAUCUAGAGCUGGUCAUUAAGGAGACUUUACGUUUGUAUCCUUCUGCUCCGUUCUAUACCAGGACAGCUGUUGAAGAUUUUACUUAUGAUGGCAUUACCUAUCCGAAAAACAUGACAAUUGGUAUUUUGGCUUAUGGUAUCCACCGGGACCCAAGAUACUUUCCUAACCCCUUGGAAUUUCGCCCGGAACGCUUCUCACCAGAGAAUUACGACGGAAGAAAACCGUUUUCCUUCAUUCCCUUCAGCGCAGGACCCAGGAACUGCGUCGGACAGAAAUUCGCCUCUAUGGAGAUGUUGUCCACACUAAGCAGGAUUCUCCGCAAUUUUGAGUUAUUACCAGCUACUCCAAAACACACCCUUAAAGUAGCAGCGGACACAAUUUUGCGCUCAGCCAACGGCAUGAAAAUUGCUCUCGUGGAACGCAAAUCAAAAUAAAACACAUAAUAAAAUCCUUGAAAUCUG